AGCUAUCUGGGAUCUGUAAGGUCAUAGAACCUUCAAGCUGUGUCUUGUUUCUCAUCUUGAAGAACAACCUUAGAAAGCUCAUAAAAUGUGUGAUGCACUUGUAGGUACCUGGAAACUUGUCUCCAGCGAAAACUUUGAUGAUUACAUGAAAGAAGUGGGUGUGGGUUUUGCAACCAGGAAAGUGGCUGGCAUGGCCAAACCCAAUAUGAUUAUCAGUGUGAAUGGAGAUGUGAUCACCAUUAAAUCAGAAAGUACCUUUAAAAACACUGAGGUUUCCUUCAGACUGGGCCAGGAAUUUGAUGAAGUUACUGCAGAUGACAGGAAAGUCAAGAGCAUCUUUACCUUAGAUGGGGGUGUCCUGGUACAGGUGCAGAAGUGGGAUGGAAAAUCUACCACCAUAAAGAGAAAACGGGUGGAUGAUAAACUGGUGGUGGAAUGUAUCAUGAAAGGUGUCACUUCUACCAGAGUUUAUGAGAAAGCGUAAAUCGAGACAUUGAAAUGGACUGAAGUUUGCAUGGAAUGCUACAACAUCCUGUUGGAUAAAGCACCCAAACACAUGUUGCAUUUUUCCACUGAUUAGCUAUCUUCUUCCAAACUGACUGUAUUCUGUGUUGGUUAAAUAAAAACUUUUUAGAUUAAGAAGGUAA